AUGAUAUCCCGACAGAUUAUCCGCCGCGUCGCUACCUCACGCAAUGCAGCCAUGUCCACGCUAGUGGUGGCAGAGCUCAACCAAUCGCAGAUCUCAGGGCCCACAUUGGCUACCGUCACAGCCGCCAAUAAGAUCGGCGGCGACAUUACGAUGCUGGUAUUAGGCAGCCAAGCCGGUCCGGCUGCCGAAGCUGCUGCCAAAGUAGCUGGCGUCAAAAAUGUGCUUCACGCCGCUGACCCGAAGUAUGAUCACUUUGUAGCCGAAGAGGUCGCUGAGCUGUUGAUAGCCGCUCAGAAGGCUAGCAACUAUUCCCACGUAUUGGCCCCUAGUUCCAACGCUAGUAAGAACUAUCUGCCUCGCGCCGGAGCCAAGCUCGAUACUGCUCCGAUUUCCGAUAUAUUAGCUGUCAUUGAUAAGGACACAUUUCUUCGUCCUACGUACGCUGGAAAUGCUAUCGCCCAGAUCAAAUCAAAAGAAGCCGUAAAGCUCAUUACAGUGCGACCUACGGGGUUUGAAAAGGCUGCCGCUGAAGGUGGUAAUGCGUCAGUUAGUCCGGCUCCUGAAGCUCCAACGGUUGGCAAGUCGACUUUUGUUUCAGAAGAAGUAAGCAAGUCAGAGCGUCCUGAUUUGUCCUCGGCUCGUGUGGUCGUCUCUGGUGGCCGCGGUCUGAAGAGCGGUGAGAAUUUUGAGAUGCUAUAUAAGCUAGCUGAUAAGCUCGGCGGUGCAGUCGGUGCCUCGCGUGCUGCAGUAGACGCUGGUUUUGUGCCAAAUGAGCUGCAGGUUGGUCAGACAGGCAAAGUUGUGGCUCCUGAGCUCAAAACGAUUGUGGCGAUUAACAAGGACGAAGAGGCUCCUAUCUUCCAAGUCGCCGACUAUGGACUUGUAGAUGAUCUGUUUAAAGUUGUGCCGGAACUAACGGAAAAGAUUUAA